UUCAUCGACGAGGCCAAGCGGCUGCGGGCCGUGCACAUGAAGGAGUAUCCGGAUUACAAAUACCGGCCCCGAAGGAAGACCAAGACCUUGCUGAAGAAGGACAAAUACUCGCUGCCCAGCAAUCUGCUGGCCCCGGGAGGAGGCAACGCGGUGAGCAGCCCCGUCGGGGUGGGGCAGAGGAUUGACACUUAUGCCCACAUGAACGGUUGGACCAACGGAGCUUACUCACUGAUGCAAGACCAGCUGGGCUACAGCCAGCACCCAGGUAUGAACAGCCCCCAGCUGCAGCAGAUGCACCGCUACGACAUGACGGGCCUGCAGUACAGCCCCAUGAUGUCCACAGCCCAGACCUACAUGAACGCCGCCUCCACCUACAGCAUGUCCCCCACCGCCUACGGCCAGCAGCCCUCCACGGCCAUGAGCCUGGGCUCCAUGGGCUCGGUGGUGAAAUCCGAGCCCAGCUCGCCGCCUCCUGCCAUCACUUCCCACUCGCAGAGGGCCUGCCUGGGAGACCUGCGGGAUAUGAUCAGCAUGUACCUGCCCCCGGGAGGGGAUGCCACAGACCCUUCCGCCCUGCAGGGCAGCAGGUUACAUAGCGUCCACCAGCACUACCAGAGUGCCGGGACUGGCGUGAAUGGUACCGUACCACUAACUCACAUAUAAACUUGGCUGCUCCGGACGGCUCCCCGUCUUAAUCCCUAACCCCACCACCGCUCCCUGACUACAGCGGGACGUACGGCAGUGUUGCUCGGCUUAGCAGACUUAAUACUAACUUUGGAGAAAUUUUAAAAAGGAAAUCCGUUAGUUGUGUCCUUUUUUUUUUUUUCUUGGUACAAAAAAAAAAAAAAUCAGCAAGCUGUUAUUUUAGUAGAGCACAACUCCUGCCUCCUAGAAGCCGCUGUGAAGUUUUCAAACCACGGCAACUUCUUUCCUGGUUUCUGCUAGGUUGGGCACUGUUUUAUUCGCUUAAAAGUUUUUAAAAUAUCUUGCAUCUUCCAGUUUGAUUUCUAGACAUAAAAAAACCAAACCCACAAACCGGCGGGUUUUUGUUUUUAAACUCGGUUGUUCACAUUAGCGUUGUGGUUUAAAUGU